CAACUGUUGCUUUAAGCCCUCAAUUAUCUAUUACCUGAGCAUCGAAGUGAAGUCGUAGAGGUAGGGCGAUUGUGAAGAGUUUGGUUGAGCGUAGGCGUUUCGACCUUGACGUCCACUUUGAUGGUGGUUUGUAACGGAACGUAACAGUUGGUGUUGAGAUUUUUGAAGCUCUUCGCUGUUUCAUUACGGUGGAACGCGAGUAAGUGCUGGUCUUGCAGUUCACGCAAUUGCGAAUACAUGCCAAGGAUUCGUUUCCUGCAUCUGAAGUAGUGUUACGUUUUUGAAGGUCAGCCGAAGUUUCAGUAGCUCUAUCAAGGCGUGAAGGUAUCCGUGGUCCCAGCGUAGGAUUGUAGCACUUCGGCUGUGAGGGAGCACUGCGGCGUCAACAGAAUUCCCUCUGCUUUCUCCUCCCCCCACUUUCCUCCUAGGUGUGUCCACUUAAAUUUAUUUACUCAGUCGAAGAAAGACAAGCGUUUACUGAACUUAAUCGAAAUGUACACGAGUGGUCGUAGUCACUCAGUGCGAUAGCGGCGAAAUUUUGGAAGAUUUGUUACCGUCAGUUCACUGGAGGUAGGAAGGCGCAUAAUUUUGAAACCUGGCGGGAGGAGGUGGUCCUUGUCAUCAGAGUUUACCAAGAGUUGGGAGAGUGGAAUUUUGACUUGGAGUUAGGUCCGGUGGUGUCGAAGAAGCUACAUGGCUCUCGACGGUUCUGUUUCGACUUUAAUAAAGCUAACAGAGGUGACGGGAUUAGUGAAAUGGUGGUGCUGCAGGCGACUGAGGGAUUGCAGUUGAGCUUAUGUCGUAGUGGCUAUUUACUUUCUAGGUUUCAAAGAUGUUGGAGAAAUUGAUGCUGAGAGGUUCCGCAUUCCUGAAAUAGUUUUCAGUUGGGCGCGUUUUGCAUCUCACCUGUAUUGGCAAAUCCAGCUGCCAUUCUCUGACUGAACCGUCAGAAACAAGUAAGGCAUUUCGAAGAAGGUUUAGUGAGUCGACCUGUUCUAGCACUAAUGGCGAUCAACUCAAAUCUUCAUAUUGAUGAAGAUUGUGAUGCACUUCUGCAACCCAAGGCAUCAGAAGCCAUGGCAAAGCAAUUUGGGGAAAGAGGGUUCUUUCGAGCCGGAGCGAAAGCCAGACUUGUGGAAAUUUCAGAUCUCUUGUGCGGAGAAUAUGUCAAAUUUGGAUUUGAUGAUGGGAAGUUAAUGGAGGAGAAAUUGAAAAAGAUGGAGCUUGAAAAUGGUAGGCUUUUAACUCAAGUAGCAACUAUGAACUCGAAAGAGAAGGCCAUGAACGAAAGAGUCAAAGAAGUGGAGCAUCGUAUGCAAGAUUUAGCAUAUAAAGUAAGAGAUGCAGAGGUACUUAUCCAUGAACUGCAGAGGAAUGAGAUGGAGAGCUCCCGAGAACCCACAACAACGUUGUAUGCAAACAACCUACAAGUUGUGUGCCACAAAGAGGAGAAACUUGAGCUACAAGAAUUGGUAGAGAAGUUGCAACUACUGUGUUCGAGCCAGGAGGCAAACACGUAUACUGAUAAUUUUGACGACCAUCAAGAGUAUAAACAUCAAGACUGCGAUAAUUCCAGCUCGUUCAAUGAGACUAAGCUUUUGUGCUGGCGCAAUGACCAAUGUGCCGAGUGUAAGGACAGCGUUGAGCAGGUUCAAGAACUUCAAGAGGAGGUAAAAAUGCUAUCUGCUAAGUUGAAGUUCUCUAUAACACAGAGGCAAGCUAUGAAUGAGAUUAUAGUGGCGUCCGCUACAAAGCUGGCAGAGGUGAUGACAGCAAAUGAAACCCUGAAAAAAGAGCUCUAUGUUGAGCGCCAACUUGUCCAAACAAGAGAGAAUGAUGUUCAGAACCUGGAGACGCGUGUGGAAGCCCUAAGCACAAGCAACCAGAUGUUGAAGUCUAUGCUCAAUCUCAAGAAAAUGGCAUUGGAAUCAAGAAGAUCUCUAAACUUCACUCUUCUUGAGCCCAAAUUACUGGAUUUGGCUACCAUAGUAAGCGCACAAAACGCGUGUGUUGUGCGGCUUUCAGCCCAGAACGAGACCCUGGCACGCUCUCUCCAGUUCAAAAUUCAGGAAACCGAGCAUCAAAAAGCCCAAGUUAAAACAGCCAACAAACAGAAGGACGCGGCCAUCCGCGCCCUGGAGCAAUUUAAGCAACAAAUGGUUGACUGGGCUACCGAAAUGGACGAGCGCAAUCUAAACUACGACGUGCUUCAAGAAUACGCUUUAACUCUGGAAGGCGACUUGCAGCACUGGCAAUCGGAGUAUAGUACCAUGAUCCAGAGCUGCGAAGAGUUAACGAAGGAACGAGACCAGUUGUUAGCUUGGCAAGGGCUUGCACGAACAAGUAUGGCCGACACUGAGAAGGCUCUAAACGAGCGCGAGAAGGAGGUUGAGAGCAUCAGCCGCGAGGCACUACAUAUGAGUUUGGAGGUAGAGCUUUUACGGCGGAAACUGCAACAACUCGAUGAAGAUGUAAUGUUCAAAGAAGGCCAAAUCUCCAUUCUGCGAAGUAGCUGGGAAAAUGAAUGAAAUCCUCCAGCGCGUGGUCAUUAAGCGUUAUGAAGGUACGGCACCUACUUGCUUCAGUACUGCCAGUCAGAUUCUCCGAAGAAAAUAUUCUCAUGGUGGAUUCGAACGCACUUUGGUUCGUUGUUGAUGUCAACGGUAUCGAAUGGUAAUCUUCAUUGAGUGGGAGGAUAUGAACUUAUUCGGCACCAGCGAUCAAGUGCUCACUAAGUUCUUUCAUCCUCCUCAGACCCCAAUUGACCGAUUGGUUACAGUAUGUUAUUCAGCAGCACACUUUGGGCAAUCCCCCCCCCCUGUUUGGCUGAAAUGAUACUUCCUGGAUUAAUGUGAUGUAAGCCAUUCAGGUUAACAUCUCCUCCAGGCAGAGUGGUAGGGUUGGUGAGUAGAUUUGUCUACUACGAAUUGCAGUGCAACCGGGUUUGUAAACUUACCCACGAGGAAUGUUUCCAAUUGGAUGAAAUGGUUGUACCGUGUCUACCUUUAGUGGAGAUCACUCAAGUUUAGAGACGACUCCCGACUCAAGCUUAGCUGAAUUUGUUUUCAGCUAUUCCUAUAUUAUGAUGACUUGGACGCUUCUAUUAGCCAAGAAGUCAUCUCAAGCACACGACACAGCCACUUCGGCAUGAGUCCUUCAAUUGAGGGUCGCUUACAGCCUCACUAGAAACAUGAAACAGCUGAGGAAAUUCUCACUUGACAAGAACCACGUUGCUUGUGAAACGGUACACCUAAGGAAACUUGCCAGAAUCACCUAUUGAACAUGCACUGGACUUUUCCUUCA